CUACCUAAAUGUUACAACAUAAUUAACAAAUAUUUCUACAAAAUGGUUCUGUUUUUAGUAAUUGUUCUAAUUAUUUUAGUUUAUUUAAUAGUUCUGAUCUACGCUAAAUUAACUUCUGGUAUAUGCAGGUCUAGUAGACAUUUAGUAGGAAAGGUUGUGAUUGUGACAGGAGCAAACACGGGUAUAGGAUAUGAAACGGCAAAGGAUUUGGCUGAGCGCGGGGCCAGGGUGAUCCUCGGAUGUCGGAAUGACCAGCGCGGGACCAUCGCUAGGGACAAGAUAAUCGCUAAUACUGGAAAUAAAGAUGUGCAUUUCAAGAAACUUGAUCUUACAUCAUUAAAGUCAGUAAGAGAAUUCACCACUGAUGUCCUGAAAACAGAAAAACGUCUCGACAUUCUUAUCAACAACGCUGCUCUGCUGACGAGCAGUGCGAAAAAUGGAAAAACUGAGGAUGGAUUAAUGGAAGUAAUGCAAGUUAAUCAUUUCGGACCUUUUCUUCUCAUAUGCUUAUUACUACCAUUGUUGAAAUCUUCAGCUCCAAGCCGAAUCAUAAACGUAUCAUCAGUAGCACACUUCUGGGGUGAAAUAGACGUAGAUAAUUUGAAUAUGGAACAAAAAAGAGGAAAAAUCAUUACUGAUCUUCAAGUUUAUUCUGAUACAAAAUUGUGUAAUGUGCUAAUGACGGUAGAACUAGCUCGCCUACUAAAAGGAACUGGAGUCACGACUAAUACUCUGCACCCGGGAGCAAUAGAUACUAAUAUUUGGAAAAACAUACUAUUUAUUAAGUAUAUAUCUUUUAUUUUCGUGCCAUUUUUUAAGACUCCUUGGGAAGGCGCGCAAACUACAAUUUAUUUGGCAGUUUCUCCUGAAGUUGAAGAUAUCAGCGGAAAGUAUUUUGUUGACUGCCGGCAGAAACCGGCUAUUAAAUUAGCUGAUGAUGCCGAUCUGUGUCGAAAACUAUGGUCGGCAUCAGAAAGAUUGGUGAAAAUAAAAUCAAAUUAAAAACUUUCUCUUUUUCAUA